AUGGACCCCCUUAUCAAGGCAGAGGCAGGUCCCUUGAAGAGUUACUGCGCCCUUGAAGACAUGCUUCACAUCCUAUUUCCCCUAUCUGAACUCUUCCCAUCUAUGCUGGGUGCUCUCACUCAAAAAAACCCCUUGCUUACUGCCUUCAAAUGCCUCCAACAGGAAGGGCUUUACUUGUCUGAGUCAGGAAAGUGGAGCCCUGGCUCAGAAGGAGAGGUUGCAGAUUUUCUCAACUAUCUGGUUCACAAAGUUGAUCCCCUUGUGGAUUCUGGCACCUUCAAGAGUUCCAGAUGGUGGACUUCUGUGUAUGCCAUCCAAGCAGUCGGUGAUGCUGGUGGAAGGUGCCGCCCAGACCUUGUACUCAUAUCCUCCAGUAACACGUCUUAUCCCCCUAAGCUCCCUCUUGCAACUAUGAGAAAUGCCAACAGUCUUACAAGUGUUUGGGCUACAAUACUGGGGCCAACCCCAAUUAUGUUUGCGUCAGUGCUUUGGCAUCCAUGGGCAUGGAUGUAUAGUCUGGCAAGCACAAUUACCUAUAUUGAGGAGAUCAGACGACCCAUGGACAUUGCGGUCAAAAGUCCAGAAUAUAAUUCCACAUCCAAUAUUUGUGAUGCCCUUGGCUCCACAUUAUCCCUGAAAAACAAGGAGAAGGCCCAAGCUUUGGCUCAUCCACACCACCCUUACCAGCUGCAUGUUCACAUUUGUUCAACGACUGCACCUGCUGGUGCAAUUAAAACAGAUUUUAAUUGCCUAGAGGAGCUCCAUGUUAUGAUCAUUGAUCUCAUCAAAGCAAGUCACAAGAACAUGAUGGCAACCUCUGUUUCAGGCCAAGUUCCUGUGAAAGUCUUACACCGGGAUGGCUCAAUCAGCAACUCCCUUAUUGUUGAUCAAGCACUGUCUGACUGGCCCCCUUUGAAAGCUCCAGAGGGACGUGCACCUCCCAAUACUCACAUACAGAGGGGUUUACAGACUGGGGAUUUGCAGCUGUAUUUGAAGAUACUGAAGAAUAAGGUGUCUGAAGAUUCAGACCAGGAUGACCACUAUUUUGGAUUGAAAUCUGGUGACAUCCAGAAGCUACAAGAGUUGGUGAAGUCCAAGCUAUCCACUGUUAACCACGAGGAAGAAACGUUGGAUGUUGCAGAGGGUACUCUUGAUGAGGUUAUGGUUAUACAACAGUUGAGUAAGGAGGGCCGGCAGGUUGGUAAUAGAAAUCAUGUUCUUGAGCGUACACUGUAUGAGAUGAAAGAUGCAGAUGCUAAAGAAAAGGACAACAUCAAGAAAUGGCUAAAUCCCAAGUUCACUUCAAUGUUUACCCGCUCUGACACUACUUUCCACAAGUAUUGGACCUGUGGCAGAGUUAAUGGUCUCAGCGUGUUUCUUGAAAACAAUAUAUCUGAAUACUUUGCCUUUAUAAUCCCUUACUUCAAGCGCCUCUGCAAGGUUCUGUUUGGGUCCACAUUGUUCCUCUCAAAGAGAUUUGUAGAGGCAGGUCCACCACCAUUCUUUAUACUAUUGCAUGUCUUCCAUGACAAUAUUCUCAAUAUCCUCAGGGAAGCUCUAGAGGAAAUUCAAUGCAAUGAAACAUGGAAGGAUCUGAGGAGGCCUUUUAGCAGACCAUCAGGGUUUGUUCAUUAUCUGGAUCUUUGGAGGUCCAAUGACAAGCAAUUUGCAUUCCAGGCCCCUUUGGUGUUGAGCUAUGUUUCAUGCACAAAGGGGACCAGUGGAAGUAUGGCAAGCACCUGUGCCCUCAAUAUGCAUCUUGGCUGUGCAAAAAGCUGUGCUUGGUAUUGCAAGGGUAAAUUGAGAGAGAUCCUAACCCAUCAGAAUGGCUACUUGGAGAGGCAAGGAUUGCUGGUGGAAGAAAAUUUAGAUAACCACUAUGGCCCUCUAUAUCCAUUCCAGGAGGAAUCUAUCGGAUAUGCCAUGGAAGAUAUUCAAAAAAAUAUAUUUGCAUUCAUCCCACUCAGGCAACCUGAACAGAAGGAUCUGGAGCCAGGGGAGGCAGCCGGCUCUUCUAAUUAUCCAAAUGCCAUUUCCCUGAAUGAUAAUAAUGAUAAGCGUGUAGAAAUUCUCCACUCUACAGCAGAAACAGACUGCUAUUCCAGGGCUUCCUUUGCAACCCAGCCCAUGCAAAACACAUCAUCUGCAAGCCUAAAAAGAUAUUCAGUAAUGCACAGAAAGAAAAUAGAAUUUACAAUGAAAUAUGGACUGGAAAGUGGUGGCAUGCAAUCCAAGCAGAUCUACCUAAGGGAGCAGCCCUUCUACCAGUCAUGA